CAAUCGCACCGACCCGUCGGGUCACACUCCCAUCGCGACACUGAGCAUUGACCACUCCAAUUUUCCCCCUCUUUACAAUUUUUCUCUCUCUACUCUCCCCUUCUCUUUCUCUCUCUCCUUUCCACCACUCCACCGCCGCGUAAAAGUUCCUCUUCCGUAGCUGUUUUACCGGUAAAAAUCUGAUCGAAGUGUUUUUGAAUUUAACCUAAAGUAAACGGAGCAAAAGAAAAAAGAUGAGUAUAGUACCGAAAGAGACAAUAGAAGUGAUAUCACAAAGCAUAGGUGUAAACAAUUUAUCACCUGAUGUAUUGCCUGCUCUCGCCGCUGAUGUAGAAUACCGUAUUCGAGAAAUCAUGCAGGAAGCUAUUAAAUGUAUGCGUCAUUCGAAGAGAACUACAUUAUCUACUGAUGAUGUGGAUGCUGCACUCAGCUUGAGAGGUGUUGAGCCAAUAUAUGGUUUUGCUUCUGGAGAUCCGUUAAGGUUCAAGAGAGCAGCUGGACAUAAGGAUUUGUUCUACAUUGAAGAGAAGGAUGUAGAAUUCAAAGAUGUAAUUGAAGCUCCUUUGCCUAAAGCGCCAUUAGACACUGCUGUUGUUGCCCAUUGGUUAGCUGUAGAAGGAGUACAGCCUGCUAUUCCUGAAAACCCUCUACCUGAAGCUUUAGCUAUGCCGUCUGAUAAUAGAAAGACCGAGUAUAAGGAGGAUGGAGUUCCUGUUGAUAUUAAAGUACCUGUUAAGCAUGUCCUAUCCCGUGAGCUCCAGCUCUAUUAUGACAAAAUUACAGAGCUUACUGUGAAUAGAUCUAAUCCCCUUCUCUUUAAAGAAGCUCUACGAAGCUUAGCAACUGACUCAGGGAUUCAUCCUUUAGUUCCUUACUUUACAUAUUUUGUUUCUGAUGAGGUGGCUCGGAAUUUGAACAAUUUUCCUCUCCUUUUCGCUUUGAUGCGACUAGUCUGGAGCCUUCUCCAGAAUACACAAAUACAUAUUGAACCAUAUCUGCACCAGUUGAUGCCUUCUAUAGUGACAUGCAUUGUUGCAAAAAGGUUGGGAAACCGAUUGUCUGACAAUCAUUGGGAACUUAGAGACUUCUCAGCAAAGUUGGUUGCUUUAAUAUGCAAGAGAUAUGGUCGUGUAUACCACAAUCUCCAGCCACGUGUCACCAGGACUUUGCUGCAUGCUUUUCUGGAUCCAACUAAGGCACUGCCGCAACAUUAUGGAGCAAUUCAAGGGCUAGCAGCUCUUGGACCUGGGGUGGUUCGCCUACUUGUGCUGCCAAAUCUUGAGAUUUAUUUGCAAUUGCUGGAGCCUGAAAUGCAGCUCGAGAAGCAAAAAAAUGAAAUGAAGAGGCUUGAAGCUUGGCGUGUAUAUGGAGCGUUGAUGAGUGCUGCUGGUUUAUGCAUCUAUGAGCGCUUCAAGUUUCUGCCUGCUUCACUAUCUCCAUCUACUCGCACAUUCCUGAAGAGUAAAUGGAAAGUCUCAACUACAUUGUCGAGUACGUCCUGGUCUUUGUGGAAAGUCUCAACUACAUUGUCGAGCAAACGCAAAGCAAGCUUGGAUAACAUGAUGACACAGCCUCCAGCCAAGAGAUUAAUGACAGAUGGUCCAACACGUUCAAUGUCAGCAAAUUCUCUGCCAGUAGGCACACAAGGACCAGCUGUUGGACAUGAAACUGGUGUAUCAUCAGCACCCCAUGGUUUGCAGCACAAUGAGAAUAUGCUGAGAGCCAGUGGUAGAAGGGAGAUGGCUGGUGGGCAAGGUAAAACGUCUGUUGCUCUUGAUCAGGCCUGGAAGGAAGAUCUGGAUGCUGCGCGUUUGUUGCCAUCUCUGUUUGAGUGUUUUGGUGAAAGGAUGUUUUCCUUUACCCCUUCACCUGAAUUGUCUUUCUUUCUAUGAUCCUUUGGAAUGGGACAGUGGGGGUGAAAUCCACUGCAUUUGUUCACCUUUUUGGGUAGGACAUUACUAUUGUGUUUGAUGUAAUAUAUGUUGCAUCUUCUCCUUGGGAUGCAUGAAGUGUGAUGUCGAAAUAGCUUCGGCUGGGCUGUAAAUGUGAAAUCUUCCAGUACAAUGCUGUCUUACAUUCAUAAGACUCUUUUAGACCA